AUAACAAACAGCGACGCGUUUGACAUCAGUCUCAAACAAACACCAGUGUAGCUUCUACCUGUUUGACAAAGUCACCUGUAGACCCUGUGUUUGGUACACUUGCAAUGGGUCGUUUCAGCCGCUUUCACUGACACUAGUGGGUUCCCAGCCUCUGUGGUCCCCACCUGCCUGUCAGCUGACUUCCCGAAAGCCUCCAACAUGCUGCGAGAGAGCUCCAAGGCGUGGAGCAACGGCUCAGAGGCCUACAGCAGCGAUCCUGAGGAGGACGAGGAGGAGGAAGAGGACAUGGUGUUCGGGGAGACCGAUCAGGAUGGCGUGGCGGAGGAGAUGAUGGAUCUCAGCGACCUCCCCACGGCGCUCUUUGCAUGCAGUGUCCACGAAGCGGUGUUCGAAGAGGACGCACACAGGGAGAGGUUUGAGGCAUUGUUUAGGAGCUACGAUGAGCAGACGACUUUCCAGAUGUUUAAAAGCUUCCGGAGAAUCCGGAUCAACUUCAGCACCCCAGAGGCCGCUGCCCGCGCUCGCAUCGAGCUGCACGAGUCCGAGUUCAACGGCAAUAAGAUCAAACUCUACUUCGCCCAAGUCCAGAAUGGCGACGAGGACAUUGACAAGUCGUACCUGGCCCCUCCCCAGCCCGCCAAACAGUUUCUGAUCUCGCCGCCUGCCUCGCCACCUGUGGGCUGGAGCCAGAGUGAAGACGCUACGCCCGGCAUCAACUACGACCUGCUGUGUGCAGUAGCCAAGCUAGGACCAGGUGAAAAGUAUGAGCUCCACGCGGGGACAGAGUCCACCCCCAGCGUGGUCGUCCACGUGUGCGAGAGUGAGACGGAGGAGGACGAGGGGGCGCGGCCAAAGCAGCAGAUCGUCCAGACCAGACGUCCAGAGGAACCCCCCAAAGUCCUCAACUAGAGAGGCCUCAACCCCCCCCCCCCCCCCCCCCCUUAAACCCGCAACACACCUGCCCUCUCUCUCUCUCGUCUCUGCACUCACAGAGAGCGUCGAUGCCCCUCAUUUCAGUUCAACUGCAAGCGAAAAACAAAACCAACAAACAUUGCUCGAAGACGGCGUUUGUGGGGAGCGUGGCGAUGGAAUGAGGUGGCUUGAAGGGGAUGGAUGAGAAUCUCACACACACGCUCAUCACAUUCUGCGGACCGCGUGGGGAGCGGCGGGCACGCUUGCCUCCACCCCACCAACCCCCCUGGUUUUCAGCAAAAAAGCGGUGGAAAUACCUGUCCCAACGCAGGCACAUGUCACGUAUCACACACACUCAGCUCUCAUUGCUAGUCCUGCUCAGUAGCUUGCUAGUUAGUUAGCUUGUUAGCUUGUAACUCUCCCUUCGUCUCACAGUCGUGUGUACAAUAAUCUUUGGUUAAGCAAAGACAUUUAUAUUUCUUCUUCUUCUUUUUUUUUACAAUAAAUUGUGUUUUCAGAUUACACAUAUAUAUAUAUU